AUGUCUGAACAGGAAAAGUCGACCACCCUCCAGGUGAACGUGAGCAAGGGCUCGUCGAACUCGUUCGACGUGGCCCUCGAGAAGGAUGCCGGCGGAGCCGGCGCCACGACGCUGCAGGAGGUGAAACACUACACCCCCAGCGAGAUCGAGAGCAGCGGCAAGUUCUACGACAAGAGAUACGUGCCCUUCUUGCCGGCCUACUCGAACGCGACGAUCCAGAUCGUGAUGCUUGCCUUCGUCGUGUUCAUGACGCCGGGCAUGUACAACGCCUUGACCGGUAUCGGGGCGUCCAUCAGCGGACCCGACGGAGUCAAGACGCAGGACAACUCCACCGUCGCUCUCUACUGUACCUUUGCCGGUCUCGGCUUCUUUGCCGGAACCUUCUGCAACUUGAUGGGCCCACGCUACUGCUUGAUGUUUGGCGGAACGGGCUACCUCAUCUACGCAGGCUCUCUUUUGAGCUACAACCACAACCAGAACGCCGGCUUCGUCAUCUUUGCCGGCGCAUAUCUCGGUCUCUGCGGCGCCUGCCUCUGGGCUGCCCAGGGCUCCAUCAUCAUGUCCUACCCAACUGAAGAGAAAAAGGGCAGGGGAAUCAUGAUCUUCUGGGUCAUCUUCAACCUCGGCGCCGUCAUCGGUGCAAUCAUCCCCUUGGCCAACAACAUGCACUCCGACUCCUCCACCGUCAAGGACGGCACCUACAUCGCUUUCAUGGUCCUUAUGGGCUGCGGUAGUGUCAUCGCCUUCUUCAUGUUGCCAAAGGAAAAAGUCUGGAGAGACGACGGCACCAGAGUCGUCGACAAGGCGCUCCCUAACUGGAAGUCGGAGAUUUUGGGCUCCUUCAAGUUGCUGAUUAAAGAGCCAAAAAUCCUCAUCAUGUUCCCUAUGUUCUUUGCCUCCAACUGGUUCUACACAUACCAGUUCAACGAGUUCAACGCUGGCCGUUUUAACAUCAGAACCAGAUCCUUGAACUCCUUGCUUUACUGGUUCUUCCAGAUGUUUGGUGCCGUUAUCAUGGGUACCAUCUUGGACCUCAAGUGGUUCAGGAGAAGUGUUCGUGCCAGAAUCGGAUGGGGAUUUCUUUUCUGCAUUUCCAUGGCCAUCUGGGGUGGAGGUUACAAAUUUCAGAAGAGUUUCACCAGAGCCGACGUCACUGCAGACGCAAACGGCACCAUCAAAAUUGCAACAAUGGACUUCAAGGACGGUGCAUACAUCGGCCCAAUGUUCCUCUACAUUUUCUACGGUAUCUUUGACGCUAUGUUCCAGAGUUACUGCUUGUGGCUCAUGGGAGCACUCUCUAACGACAGUGAGAAAACCGCCUACUACGCCGGCUUCUACAAGGGUAUUCAAUCUGCUGGUGCAGCCGUCGCUUGGAGACUCGACGCUUACGGCACCGCCUACAUGAGCAUGUUGGCAAGUUCCUGGGCUUUGGUACAGGGCUCUAUGGUGGUGGCCAUUCCUCUCGUCUUCUUCAUGGUCUCAGACCACACCGAAGAGGAACCAGAGAGAAUCCUCGAAGAAGACGAGUUCAGCCCAAUCGUGGCUCUGGCUUCCGGUGAGGGAAGAAUCGUCUAA